UGUUUGUGGGGAUGCAAACGACAUAUAUUUUAUGGUGUUGGUUGAUAGAAGGAAGACCAAGGGCCACGAUAUCAGCACUAUUCAUGUUCACUUGCCGUGGCAUUCUUGGUUACUCAACUCAGCUUCCUCUGCCGCAGGGAUUUCUGGGCUCCGGCGUGGACUUUCCGGUAGGGAAUGUAUCAUUUUUCCUAUUUUUCUCAGGGCAUGUAGCCGGAUCAGUGAUUGCAUCAUUAGAUAUGCGACGAAUGCAACGACGGGAACUGGCAUGGAUUUUUGAUAUUCUAAAUGUUCUUCAAGUUAUAAGGUUACUGGGCACAAGGGGCCAUUAUACAAUAGAUUUGGCUGUUGGUGUUGGUGCCGGAAUUUUAUUCGAUUCUCUUGCUGGAAAGUAUGAAGACGCCAAAAGAAAAUCACUAAUUGCUACUAAAGAGGCUUCCCUAAAUUAAACAAAACAAAUGUCAAUAACACUAGGGAGUUAUAAAGAUGGGGGCCAUGGAGAUCAAGUACGGGUUGG